AUGCAUACAACAAAUCAGGAACAUUGUAUCCAGAUUCUUCAUUUAGAAAGGUCAUUUUUAGACCCUCAUUUCCUGGUAUAUGCAUACAACAUAUCAACAUUGUAUCCAGAUUCUUCAUUUAGAAAGGGACACUGCUUUUAUCAAGGAUAUGCUGCAGAGAUUCCAAAAUCAGCUGUGACACUUAACACCUGUUCUGGACUCAGGGGAUUAUUGCAAUUGGAGAAUAUCAGUUAUGGGAUUGAACCAUUGGAAUCUGCAGCUAAGUAUGAGCAUGUUCUUUAUCAAAUAAAGAAUAACAAAGUUGAUUUUCUCCCCUUACAAGACAAUUAUCCUAUGAUUCAGUUGGGAGAUCAGGCCUACAGGAUUCUGGUGAAGUCAGAAAAAAAAUCAGAUGUUGCACUAUUGAAAAGAACUCUGAAAAUACAAGUCAUUAUGGAUAAAGCCUUGGUAUGCAUUAUUGAUACGUUUCAUUAUAUCUUUGUUUUGUGUUUAAAUGCAGAGGGAAUAAGAAAAAGAAACAUGCUUUCUUUGCAGUACAGAUAUAUUUUACUGUGUUCAAAAUAUGUACCUCAGUACAGCAGGGCAUAAAGAAAUGUCAAUCUCCUCUUCAUUGAAAUAGGGGACCAGUAUUUACGGUAUUGACAUCUAAAUCAGUAUAGAAUUCUAGUAACAAUGUAUAACUUGUAUGUCUGGAAGGCUUCUACUACACUAUAAUCUAUUGGAUUAUAACUAGCUGCAGAUAUUUCUGAAUCCACCACAAAUUGUGGUGAAAUUUUCUUUCUUAAAUUGAUUUCUGUUUUAAAACAAGCUAUUUCAUGUAAUACUCAAUUGGUGAUCCUUGUUAUUGAGUAUUUUCUUUUAUAAGAUUAUUUUAUGCUUUAUAAACAUUUGGGUUCCCCUGUGGAAGUUCUAGAUGUGAAUGACAGGAAGACUUAUUCAUAGGAAUGUUCAUUUAGUUAUGGAAAUUUUUCACAAAGUCAUAUGGAUAGGAAGUAAAAACAUCUGAUUUGUCCAUUUAUCACUGAUAUUUUUCCAUGAGAUCUCUCAAUGACUGCCAUACUGUUCUAUAUUUUGUUCAUAAAAGGAAACAUUAAGAGCUUUAAAUAAUGUUUAAUAAAAACAGUAAUAGGGAAGAAUAGAUGGACAAAAUAAUGAAGAACAAGUAGGUAUAAUUUUAUUUUCCAGGAGAUAAAUUACAUGCAUAUGUUUUCCUCUUUUAAUAAUACACGCAGUGUGUAUAUUUUUGUACCUUUGCUUUAUUUUAUUUUUUAAUCCUCACUCGAGGAUAUAUUUUCCAUUACC